GGUCAUCAAAUUCACAUUUUUGCCCAUAAAUCAUACAUUAUCAUACCUGCCAACCCUCCCGCAUUUUCCGGGAUAUUCCGCAUUUCUGGAAUUUUAGGACCUUAAAAUGCGGGAGAUUCCGCAUUUUGGAAAUUUAAGCCAAAUUGGGCUUGUAUUACCAUUUGCCGCGAUUUGUGUAAGAGCUCUCGUAUAGUAUACUGUGUGUGUGUUGAUGGCCGCGGAAGCUCAUUUGGCUUGUAAUGAUGGUUUUGCAGCGUAUUUGUGCCACUGAUCUAUAGCGUAGAGAUCAGCAUUAUGUGUGUGUGUGUAGCGUUUGGCCUGGCAUGUACGCUCCAUACUUACACACACACACACACGCAUACAAGCGAAUACAGUACAUGCACGCUUCACGUGCGAUCGAGCUUGAGCGAGCGGCUUUGGUUCGACGUGUAAUCGUGAAUGGUUACUACACUCGCAAAAGUUUGUUAGUUUUACUUAUAUUAGUUAUAAUGUCUUCCAAUCCCAAGGAAUACGCUUGCUUGAUGGAUUCAUGGAGUUUACCGUACCGUACUGACUUUUUAAUUGUCUAAUCCAGUAUUUGGAAGAAGUGUGUUGGGACUUUGGUAUACAGAGUGAACGCCCGCUGCAACGCGGUACCGGAGCUGAGUCAGUGCCAGUGGAGUGGGGCCCGGGCAGCGAUGCGUACCGUACACAUGGUAUGUACUGUGUAUAGUGUGAUCGAUGCAUGUCAAAUGUUGCCGGAGCUGUUAUGGGGAAUUAUCAAACAAUCGCUACACCGCUAACCUCCCUUCUCUAUUCUAGUUAUAGAUCUAGAUAGAUCUAUGCCGGUGAAAACUUAAAAUGGCUGAAUCAAAGGCAAAAAAGAAAUUUUUGCAAAGUUUCAAGGAUGAUUAUACAUCACGUUUCCCAUGCAUCUCUUCAUCAAAUAAAGGCAAGCAUUAUGCAUUUUGUAGAGUUUGUAGAUGCGAUUUAAAGAUUGCACAUGGUGGAGCAGGUGAUAUUUCAAUACAUCUUCGCUCAAAAAAGCACAUUGAAAAAGAAGUAGCAGAAGAGAAGGCCAAAAACAUUCCCAAAGAAGGACGAAUUAACACGUUUUUCAGAAAAGAGGAUUACUCAGUAAUUAAUGCCGAAGUGAUGUUCACUGAUUUCUUGGUUGAGCACAAUAUUCCACUUGCUGCUGCUGAUCACAGUGGCCAAUUAUUUCGGAGAAUGUUCCCAGAUUCACGAAUUGCAAAACAAUACAACUGUGCAAGAACAAAAGCUUCGCAUGUGGUGCAGAGUCUGGCUGCCGCAGACCGUGACACUCUGGUAUCGCAAAUGAAAAACUCUCGGUUCAGUCUGGCAACAGAUGCCAGCACCGACAUGGAGGCAAUUAAACUCUAUCCACUUGUAAUUAAAACAUUUGACGAGAUGGAGGGAAAAGUGUUGUGUCAGCUGUUAUCACUGAAAGAAUCAUCAGAGCGAUCGACAGGCGAAAACAUUUUUGGUAUACUAGAUCAUGAACUCAAAACUCACAACAUCUCGUGGACAAAUUGUGUAAGCUUAUCAUCUGAUAAUGCCUCGGUAAUGCUAGGAAAGCAUAAAGGAGUGGCAGCGUAUGCGAAAGAACAGAAUGCCAAUAUUUUCAUCGCGGGAUGUUCGUGCCAUUUGAUACACUUAGCUGCACAGAAGGGCAGUCAGAAACUGAAGUUUCCGUUAGAUGACUUGCUUGUGGAUGUCUUCUAUUACAUCGAUAAGAGUUCGUUGCGUCAUCAGGCCAUAAUUCGGCUGCAGAAGGAACAUGGUGUUGCUACAAAGAAAAUCCUGAAACAUGUCUCUACCAGAUGGCUAUCUUUGGGAAAAGUUCUAGACCGUCUUCUAGAAAAUUGGUCUCCUCUUCUAGAGUUCUUCAAGGAUGAGGCUACACCUAACGAGAGCAGAAAGAGGAAGGCCUCUGCAGCUGCUAAUGGCAAGCAAGCCAAGAAAGUCAAGAUGACGAACACCAAGCCUGUUUCAGCCGAGAGCAUGUGCAUGGCACGAAAACAACCUGCUUUAGCAAGUACAUCCAAGAGUACUGCUGCUUCUACAAGUACAUCCAAGAGAACUGCUGCUUCUACAAGUACAUCCAAGAGUACUGCUGCUUCUACAAGUACAUCCAAGAGAACUGCUGCUUCUACAAGUACAUCCAAGAGUACUGCUGCUUCUACAAGUACAUCCAAGAGUACUGCUGCUUCUACAAGUACAUCCAAGAGAACUGCUGCUUCUACAAGUACAUCCAAGAGUACUGCUGCUUCUACAAGUACAUCCAAGAGUACUGCUGCUUCUACAAGUACAUCCAAGAGUACUGCUGCUUCUACAAGUACAUCCAAGAGUACUGCUGCUUCUACAAGUACAUCCAAGAGUACUGCUGCUUCUACAAGUACAUCCAAGAGUACUGCUGCUUCUACAAGUACAUCCAAGAGUACUGCUGCUUCUACAAGUACAUGUACAUCCAAGAGUACUGCUGCUUCUACAAGUACAUCCAAGAGUACUGCUGCUUCUACAAGUACAUCCAAGAGAACUGCUGCUUCUACAAGUACAUCCAAGAGUACUGCUGCUUCUACAAGUACAUCCAAGAGAACUGCUGCUUCUACAAGUACAUCCAAGAGUACUGCUGCUUCUACAAGUACAUCCAAGAGUACUGCUGCUUCUACAAGUACAUCCAAGAGAACUGCUGCUUCUACAAGUACAUCCAAGAGUACUGCUGCUUCUACAAGUACAUCCAAGAGUACUGCUGCUUCUACAAGUACAUCCAAGAGUACUGCUGCUUCUACAAGUACAUCCAAGAGUACUGCUGCUUCUACAAGUACAUCCAAGAGUACUGCUGCUUCUACAAGUACAUCCAAGAGUACUGCUGCUUCUAGAAGUACAUGUACAUCCAAGAGUACUGCUGCUUCUACAAGUACAUCCAAGAGUACUGCUGCUUCUACAAGUACAUCCAAGAGUACUGCUGCUUCUACAAGUACAUCCAAGAGUACUGCUGCUUCUACAAGUACAUCCAAGAGUACUGCUGCUUCUACAAGUACAUCCAAGAGUACUGCUGCUUCUACAAGUACAUCCAAGAGUACUGCUGCUUCUACAAGUACAUCCAAGAGUACUGCUGCUUCUACAAGUACAUCCAAGAGUACUGCUGCUUCUACAAGUACAUCCAAGAGUACUGCUGCUUCUACAAGUACAUCCAAGAGUACUGCUGCUUCUACAAGUACAUCCAAGAGUACUGCUGCUUCUACAAGUACAUCCAAGAGAACUACUACUCAGUUUGAUAUUACACAGUACUUAUUCAGACAACAGGAGUUGGCUGAGAAGCACUCCAAAUCAAAAACAUCAACAAAUGUAUCCAGUGAUACCUCUGUCAAGACAUCUUCCCAGAAUGACUCGCUACAAGGGAAAGCAGCCCGUAUCUUCCAACAACUGAAUGACCCCAAUUGCAAGCUUCAAGCACUUUUUUUGCAGGCUUGCUUGCCAGCUUUCGAUGGUGCAAAUACUAUGUAUAAUCUUGAUGUUGCUGAUUGUAUCUCAGGUGCCUUAAUGGUACUACAAAGUGAUGAACCAUAUAUUCAUCGAAUACACAGAAUACUGUUAGAUCAGCUAGCAUCACUGUUAUCAAAAUUUGUGAAACCUUCUGCAAUUGUUGCUGCUGAAGACAUUACCAAGCUAGACUUAGCAAAUGAAGACAAUCAUAAAGACAAUGAGGAUAUUCAUAUUGGUUUUGAAUGUAGGCAGUUUCUCAAGGACAAUGAAGACAAACUAGAUGUUGCAACAUUCUACACUUCUGCUAAGAACUUUUUGAGUGCUUCCUCAUCAUACAUGAUCCAGAAGUAUGCAUUUAAUGAUGAUCUGCUGCUCAAUGCAGAAGUGCUAGAUAUUUCAGCAAGGCUUCACAAGAAGUUCAGUUCUGUUGAGUACUUCAUCAAAAGAUUCAACCUGCUUCCCCUUGACAAAAUGGACAAAGUUGAAUCUGAAUUCUUGAGCUAUCAGAUUGACAAAGAUAUUGUCAAUAUAGAUAUUGAAGAUGGGAGAAUUGAUGAGAAAUGGCACAAAAUUGGACAGCUAAGAGACUUCUCAACAAAUUGUCCAAAGUAUGCUCUCCUGACUUCAGUUAUGAAAUGCAUACUAGUAGUGUUCCACAGCAACAGUGAUUGUGAACGCAUCUUUUCAAUUGUUGAAAAAAACAAAACUAAGCAAAGGGCUAGUUUAGGGACACCAACAUUAGGUGCAUUACUCAUCCAUAAGUUGGCAGUGCAGAGUAGGGGCAAGAAGUGUUUCUCCUCUGAAUAUUCCCCAGAAACACUCAAGGCAGCAAAGAGUGCAACUUAUCAAGCCCUGUCAGGCCAAUCUACACCCUUGUAAUGGUCAGUAACAAUUGUACAACUAGCAAGAUGGGUUAAUGGUUAGCCAGAGCCCGGCAUUUCAUUUCGUUUGUGCCAUAAUGCUUCAGUUUUCGGGGCGCUGCACCCUAACCCCCGCAAAGGCGCUGCCCCUGCUACAUAUUCUUAAUUCUUAUUUUCAAAUGUUGGCAGGUAUG